GCAGAGGUGGCCAACAAAGCGCCAACGGCAGCGAAUCGAGUCGCGUCUUAUUUUCCAUCGUAAACGCGAGCGACAGGGACAACCAUACACGAUCCAAGGAUAACCGUACCGACAUUUUUUUUUUACCCGUUUUUUUUUUGUGUGUGCGAGCAUGAAAUUUGCCGGAGUACCGUUAGCGGGGGCUUUGCUUAGCUGCUGCUGCUUCUUCUUCGUUCUGGCAACUGCCUCUUCUUCUUCUUCUUCUGCUGCUGCAGUUUCCGCUGCUUCUGCUUCUUCAGUUCCCGUGUCUUCUUCUUCAGAUACCGCUGCUUCUGCUUCUGCUGCUUCUUCAAAGCCAAAAAGAGACGCAGGAUUGAGUUUUGGUGGAAUCUCCAGCUAUCACGGCCCCUCCCACAAAUAUCUGCCACCUGCCUAUGAAAAUCACCUGCAUUUCGGCGGUUACCAUGGAAAUUCCUUGGGUGCCGGUUCUUCUGCCGGCUAUUCCGAUUACUCCGGUGGUCACUUGGAUGGUCACGAGAGCAGCUACGGCCAUCAUUACGGACAAUCCGGUGGUCACGGUGGCUACGCCGGAAGACCCCAUCAUUAUAGCAGUGGUGGAAGUCCCAAAAUCGAAACAUACAUUGUGCAAACCAGCGGCGGUUCCGGUUCCGGUCACAAAUACCAUGGUCAGGGUCAUGGAAUAAGUCACGGAAUUAGUCACGGCAUAAGUCAGGGUCACGGCUCCGGAUUGGGCUAUAAAUAUGCACCAUCCUCGAGUCAAUCCUAUUUAAGUCUACUGGGAAACAGCCACAAAACCAGUACGUAUGUGGUUGCUUCGCCCGAAUUCUCUGGAAGUCACGGUGGAAGUAGUCACGGCAUUGGCUAUGCAUCGGCACCAGUUCAUAGACCCAGCUACAGCAACGGCCACCAACCAAGUCACAGCUAUGGUCAAGGUCACGGUCACGGUUUUGGUCAUGGCAUCAGUCAUCAUCAGAUCAGCCACGGACCCAGUCCGGUAUCCAGUCACAGUUUGGAUCACAGCCUGGAGCAUGCUUUGGAACACGGACUGAGUCACGCUUUGGCCUUGGGUCACUCCUCUGGAGGAGGACAAUUUGCCCAGCACCCGUUGCCGGUGCCCUUGCCCCAUCCGGCGGAGGAUCAUUCCGGCUACUCCUACGAAGCCCCAGCUGCCACACCAUUCGGCAAGGGAGGAGUGCCCCUGAGCAGCUAUGGCGUGCCCCUGAUUCCCGGCUACGAUCACCAGGAGUCACUGCAGGAGCCAGUGCAAGUGCAGGUCCUGGAUCAUCAGGAGCAGAAGGCCGAGCGCGAUCAGGACCAGAGGGAGACCCCGGUUUAUGCUUUGGGUCACAAGGGACUGGGUCACUUCACCUAUACGGCUAGCAAGCCACAGGCCCUGCACACCGAUAUCCUCGGCUCAAGUCACGACAUUGAGCUCUCGAAGGCGCCUUUCAAGCCCAGCGCCUUUUUGGGCGCCAAGCACGAGUCCGGAUCCAAUUCCAUUUCCGGCUACGAUUACGCCACGCCCAGCUCUCCGUUUCCACAGGCGCCUCCCUCCUCGCCGGGCUACGACUAUCCGACUCCGGCGCAGCUCUACGGACCACCCGGUCACUCCGGCGACUCGGCCACGCCCAUUUUCGAGCCGGAGGCCACAUACUUGCCGCCCGCCAGUAGCUAUGGCCCACCGGCCACCUCCUCCCAUGGUUAUCACUAAAUUAUUAAAACAGUUUUAAGAUCUUCUUAGUUUUUUUACCCCUAUCUAUUUUGUACUGUAAGCCAAGAUCGAAAAAUAAAAACGAAAACUAUGAAAUCGA